GGGGAUAUAAAAGGCAACAAAACAAAUUACAGAGCCCAGAAAAACAACACAAGACGGAGAAGAAAAGGUCGUUGAUUCUUCGCUCUCGCUCCUGAAAGCGAAGAUGAACGGCGGCCCCUCUGGUUUUAACAAUGCUCCAGUCACGAGAGCCUUCGUUAUCGCGUCUGCUAUCUUCACUAUCUUCUUUGGGAUCCGAGGUCGCUCUAGUAAGCUUGGAUUAUCAUAUCAGGAUAUUUUCGGCGGGCUUCAUGUUUGGAAAUUAAUUGUGUCGGUUUUUGCCUUUUCUUCUACGCCAGAGCUCGUAUUUGGACUUUAUCUGCUAUACUACUUCAGGGUAUUUGAGAGACAGAUAGGCUCGAAUAAGUAUUUGGUAUUUAUCUUGUUCUCUGUAGUAGUUUCACUACUCCUUGAGGUUCUAGCUUUAGCGCUCCUGAGAGAUCCCAUGGUGAACCUAAUCACAUCUGGACCCUAUGGCCUCAUAUUUGCUUCAUUUGUGCCCUUUUACUUCGACAUUCCAGUUUCAACAUGGUUUCGUGUUUUCCGUGUUCGCUUCUCUGACAAGUCUUUUGUAUAUCUUGCUGGCCUUCAGCUUCUAUUAUCGGCCUGGAAAAGAUCCAUUUUACCAGGGAUAUGUGGCAUCCUUGCAGGUUCAUUGUAUCGUAUGAACAUCUUCUGCAUUCGUAAAGCAAAGUUCCCAGAGUUUGUUGCUUCAUUCUUUUCGAGAUUUUCUUUGCCAUCCAUGGGGAGUUCACCUGGAGCACCAAGUCGAAAUGUUGUAGGAACUGUACCAUCCUACCCAGGUCGCCAUGUGGAGAGAACCUACAGCGCGCCUUCAGCUGCAGAACCACCAGAGGAUGCCAUUGCCACCCUUGUCUCUAUCGGUUUUGACAGGAACUCAGCCAGGCAGGCACUUGUGCAUGCUAGAAAUGAUGUUAAUGCAGCUACAAAUAUUCUUCUUGAGGCACAGUCCCACAACUAAUAUAUCAAGGCUUUAGAGGAACUGAAGAAGGAACUGUUAUGAAUCGACGAAACAAGAUUUAUUGAGAUUGAGGCUUAUGGUUAAAUUGAUAUUUCCCAUUUUGAUCAGGAGUAACUAGCCUUUUGGAAUCCCACCAAAUCGCUUAGGGUAUCAUGCUAAAGGGUUUAUCCUUUCUUUGUUCAUUUUAUCCUGGUUUCUUUUGGGUUUUGUCGCUGCCAUUCAUUUUAUAGUAGUAUCAACACAUGAUGCUAAUUGAAGACUAGGAGCCUGUAGAAUUGUUCAUACACCUUACUUGUAAAGAUGCAAUCUGAGGUAAUGUUGCUUUCUCAAGCAGU